GCAUUGCAAAAUUAAAGGUGAUGCAAAACGAUAUGAUAUUAUCAUAUUUUUGCGACUAAAACUCUGUUAAAAGGCAUUGUAAAACGCAAGUAACUCGGUACGUUGUUAGGUGAGUACCGUGCUGCCUAUUACUUUUGCAUUUGUAGACAAAAACGUUUAGAUUUUGUAGUUUUGAGACGAAAUAUUAGCCAUAGGUUAUGGCGUCAACAGCGACUGAGAAUGACCAUGUAUUGGCUGAAAGUGCGGAGAAAAAUGACGAGCAUUUGAAAGAAACCGAAGAAAUCGAUGGUCGUAAGCAAAAGAAAAGGAGACGCAGACGAAAACGUGGAAAAAAACACGGAUCCGAAGGUGAUUUUGUAGUAAAGUCAGAGGAACGGACCACAGGUGAGGAAACUUCUACCGUACGGAAUAAAAGCCCCAGUACCAAGAAUUCUGAUUUGAGCUCUGUUGAAAAACAUGAAAAAGAGAAUCCCUUACAAGCUGAGCAAAACAGCGCAGCUGAUGCAAAGCAAAAGACAGAUACUGAACGGCUUAGCACGAUAGCAACAAAAGAGAAAUUGAAAGGGGGCCCUCCGCAAUCCGAGGCAAGCGCUCCUGACAAACAAACAAGCCAUAACAACAAGCACUCCCCAAAUAAAUCUGAUGUCACGAACACUCCAAAUAAUUCGUCCAAACAUAAACAAAGUUGUCAUAGUGAACACAUACCAAGUACACCAGAUACUCACGAAACUGCAGAUCGCAACACACCAAAACAUCAUGGCCGUCAGUACAGAGGAAGAAUACCGAGACAUGGUCAAGAUUAUCAGGGCACACCUCCAAAUCAAACUUCUAAACAGUCAAGUCAUCACAGACAAAACACACCUGGUGAUGACGACAAGCAAAAUUCACCUACAAGACGGUCGAACCAUGAAGGCCCUCAAACUCCAGUAACCGAGGAAGCUGGUCACCAUCGUGAAGGUGGUCAUUCAUCCAAAAAGAAAAAACACAAGAAAAAGAUGAUAUUUGAAGAAUAUUGGAGCAAGGAGAAAGUGUCGGCUGCCCUGAAAAGAGGUGAAGUUCACAAGGGAAACUUGCGGAUAAGUGCUAAAAAUUAUGAAAUGGCAUGGGUUAGCUUACGAGAGUUUAAAAGAGACAUUACAAUUUUGGGUAUGGUGCCGAGGAACAGAGCACUUGAUGGUGAUGUAGUUGCCCUCGAGAUUUUACCAAAGGAGAAUUGGAAAAUCAUGCAUGACGAAAUGAAGUAUCAUGAGGAUCUGGUAGAAGAUACUGGGGAAAAGUUAACCAAUCUACAUCUUACUUCCGAAGAAGAAAAUAACGGCAAUGGGGAGAAAAGUGGCAGUACCCUCCCUGGUUCUCCCAAAAGUCCUGGCGAGAAACGUAAGAUUGAUGUUAAUGAAGUACCUGAACAAUAUCUUCAGAGGACUGCCAAAGUUGUUUAUAUCAUCGAGAAGAAACAUCCAAGAAUUGCAUGUGGUUACUUGAGACCGAUGAAAGAUCCAAAUGACCCAGAUGGGUUGUUCUCGCCAACCGAUUGUCAGCUACCGAGAUUCAGAAUAGCGCACAGCGAUUGUCCGCCAGGGUUCUUCAACCGCCCACAAGAUUUUGCAACAACCUUGAUGAUUGUUCGUUUGACCGAAUGGCAUCGAGAAGCUCCUCUGGAUUCCUGUUUGGCCAAAGGUGUUUUCGCAAGGAGUCUUGGAGAGGCUGGUGAAAUUGAACCAGAGACGGACAGUAUCUUGUUGAUAAAUGAUAUAGACUCUAGUCCAUUUUCUCAAGAAGUCUUAGAUUGCCUACCAAAAGAUUUACCAUGGAAGAUCCCUCAGGAAGAACUCGAAUCUCGCCGUGAUUUUCGAGACGUUUGUGUGUUUUCGAUAGAUCCGGCUACUGCUCGAGACCUUGAUGAUGCACUGCACUGCACCAAACUUGACGACGGAACUUUUGAACUUGGCGUUCACAUUGCGGACGUCAGUUUCUUUGUCAAAGAAAACACGGCCCUUGACGAGGUAGCUUCUUCAAGAGCAACUUCGACAUACAUGGUUCAAAAAGUAAUCCCAAUGCUUCCUCGACUGCUAUGUGAAGAACUGUGCAGUCUUAAUCCAAACGAAGACCGUCUUACAUUCUCAGUCGUGUGGAAGAUGGAUGGCAACGGAGUUAUUCAAGACGAGUGGAUGGGAAAAGGGAUCAUACGAUCACGUGUGAAGUUAUCCUACGAGCAUGCGCAAGACAUGAUCGACAAACCCGAGAAGGUGUGGGGAGAAAAAGAACACCCUCCCUUAGCAAGUGGAGCAACGAUUACGGACAUCGUGCAACGUGUUCGUGACCUUCACCAAAUUGCUGCUAAGCUGCGCCAGCAACGUUUUGACAAUGGAACACUGCGACUUGACAAGGCAAAGAUUUCAUUUGAUCUGAAUGGCGAAACUGGCCUCCCACAUGGCUGGCAUCCGUAUGUUCAACGAGAAAGCAACAAAUUGAUUGAAGAAUAUAUGUUGUUAGCCAACAUGGCUGUCGCACGUCGUAUUUACGAAGCGUUUCCCGAUAGAGCGAUGCUACGUUGUCAUCCAAAGCCUGACGCAAGACAACUGGAGGAAGUUAGUGCGUUGUGUAGUUCUUUAGGAAUCAAUUUCUCGCAUGCAUCAUCGAAAGGCAUCCAGGAAACGUUGAACACUUUCCCUCCGAAUUCUCCUGAGCAUUUAGUGCUUUCGCAUCUUUGUAUGAAGCCGAUGAAAGCUGCGAAAUACUUCUGCGCUGCAGCUGCGGAAGGCGAUCCUGAAGAAUUCCUACACUAUGCUCUCAGUGUCCCUCUUUAUACCCAUUUCACAUCACCGAUCCGAAGAUACCCUGAUGUUAUCGUUCAUCGACUUCUUGCCGCGUGUUUAGAGGUCGAACCAUCGCCCGAAUUUGCAUCCGAAGACCUCGACGUAAUCGCAGGACGGUGUAACGAUAAGAAACUUGCCGCAAAGAAAGCAGGGGAGGCAAGUACAGAGUUAUACCUAGGAGCUUUUGUACGAGAGUGUGGGCCUCUAACCGAAGAUGGCAUUGUCGUCCAUGUCAUGCACGAAUCGGUCGAUGUCUUAGUGCGUGAAUUUGGCAUCAUAAAGAGGGUCUACUUUAAGUUUUGUGAUGAGGUGAAAUCGUUUGAUUUUCAAGAAGGGCACAAGACGCGUCCAGCUGAAGUAUUGAUAACUUGGAAAGGUCCACAUGAUAAGAGAAAGACGGACGAAGAACAGGAUGCGGAUAGGAAGAAGGGUAGCCACAAAGGCGAGAAGACAUCGAGCAAGGAAGAUAGCCACCAUCAUCAGCAUAGGCGUACCGAUACGCUCAAGAUCUUCACUCGCGUUCGAGUUCUACUAAAGACCGAAAGCGACAAAACGAAGAAUAAAGGUGGACUAAAGUUCUCUGGGGAACUUCUUCAAAACAGUGGGAAGGAAUAACUGUUAGGAAACAACCUGAAAACAUUUUAACAAUCGUUAUUCAAUCAAGAAACAUUUUAAGAUAAUUGUGUGACUAUUAUGACUAUUGCCUGUAUAUGUACUGAUGAACAUGCAUGUCAGGCAAUUACGAAUGUAUGUUGGAACAAAUUAAUUUUGAAUUAGAAUUUAAUGAGCUGCAUAUCGUUUUAUUAAGGAUUGAGACGUUUUUAAAGUACAAAAUAUUUUAAUUGUGUGUAAACUUUGUAGUAACGGUUUUAAACCGUAGUAUAUACCUUAAUGAAGCGACGUUUUCGAAUUGUUUGAAUUGCAAAUGUGGUAAAAGCGUCAUUGAAUAUCUUUUAACUAUAUCUCUAAAGAAGGCAUACAAAAAGUCAGUUACGUUGAUUAUAUAAAGCACAUUUCGUUAUAAUCUCAGCGGAAAAUGUCGCUUGCUUAAGAUAUUUCUAAUAAGGUUUUUUCACUGUUGUAGUAAAAUUUGUUGGAUG